CGGCCACAAGAUUCAAUGGCCUCGGCACCGCUGUUAUCUCCACAGCGCGGCACGGAGCGCUCUCCCGUUACCUGGUCGGCAAUUUGCCUGCGCCAAGGUCCCGGCCUGACCGCAGUCACAGCGGAAAUCGCGGCUCCCCAACAUCGCCGCUUCACCUCGGCUCCCACUCCUGAGAUCGCGCCUGCCGGGAUUCCCACUCACUACAGUUCCCGGCAGCCUUUGCUCUGCCGCCCUUCCCCUGGUGUGCGCCGCGGACUACGCUCCCCAGCAGGCCUUGCACCGCGCCGCCGCUGGCGGCAGAGGCGGCACGGGCCGCGGUGCGUUCUGGGACGGGGAGUCUGUGCGGUCGCGCGUCGUAGCGGCCCGCGCGGGAGGCGGCGCUCUGACCUGGCGGGUUCGCCCGGGCCGUGUCCCGCCGCUCCCGCCGCCGGCCCUGCUCGCCGGGAAGAUGGCUGCCGUCCGCAGGGCCCGCAGGGACUCCCGCUGCGUGGUGCGCUUCUCCGACCGAGAACUCUGCUAAGUGCCCCUCGCGGGCAGGGAGGACACACGGACCAAGCGGGGGAGCAGAGCCCCCGGGACGGGACAGCGCCGCCCGCGCGUCGGCAGCAUGAAGCUGAAGAAGAUUGUCACACUGAUUUGGUAAGAACUGAUGACAGUGAAAGAUCUGGUGAAACAAAUCUUCAGGCAAAAGAACUUUUCCUGAAGGCAGUGGAAGAAGAACGAAAUGGGGCCCUUUAUGAAGCCAUCAAGUUUUAUCGUCUAGCCAUGCAGCUUGUACCUGAUAUAGAGUUUAAGAUCACCUAUACACGGUCCCCAGAUGGUGAUGGAGUUGGAAAGAGGUGUGUUGAGGAUAGCAAAGAGGAUGACAAAAUGGCAGAUCUCCUGACAGAUUUCCAGCAGCAGUUAACUCUUCAGGAAUCUUCAGUCAAACUUUGUCAGCCUGAAGUUUAUGUCAGCCAGACCCACAUCUCAGCGUUGCCUAUGGAAGUACUAAUGUACAUUUUCCGAUGGGUUGUUUCAAGUGACUUGGAUCUGAGAUCAUUGGAGCAAUUAUCUCUUGUUUGUCGAGGAUUUUACAUUUGUGCCAGAGAUCCUGAAAUCUGGCAUCAAGUCUGUUUGAAAAUAUGGGGCAGGAGCUGCAAUAAACUUCUUCCAUAUGCGUCUUGGAGGGACAUGUUUCUGGAGAGGCCUCGCGUUCGAUUUGAUGGUGUAUAUAUCAGCAAGACAAAAUACAUACGUCAAGGAGAACAGUCUCUUGAUGGUUUCUACAGAGCAUGGCACCAAGUGGAAUAUUACAGGUAUUUGAGAUUCCUUCCAGAUGGUCAAGUUAUGAUGCUAACAACUCCUGAAGAUCCUCAAUCUAUAGUUCCUCGCUUACGGACUAAAAACACAAGAACGGAUGCAAUCUUGCUUGGCCAUUAUCGCCUUUCCCAGGAAACAGACAAUCAAACCAAAGUAUUUGCUGUAAUAAUGAAGAAAAAGGAAGAGAAACCAGUUGAUUACCACAAAUACAGGUAUUUCCGCCGAGUUCCUGCUCAAGAAACGGAUCACAGUUUCCAUGUAGGACUACAGUUGUGCUCCAGUGGGCGCCAGAGAUUCAACAAACUUGUGUGGAUACAUCAUUCUUGUCACAUCACUUGCAGAUCAACUGGUGAGACAGCUGUUACUACUUUCGACAUUGACAAAAUGUACACCCCUUUGUUCUUUGCACGAGUGAAGAGUUUUACUGCAUAUUCAGAAAAGCCGCUCUAAGAAACACCUUCUCCUCUCACAACUUUUGCAUGAGUAAAAGGUUGUAGCUAAUAAGCACUUAAGUUAUAAAUGUGUAUAUAUUUGGAGCAUUUUAAAAUUCUGGGAAAUUUCUUGAAGGCAGUAUGUUGUAUUUGAUUGUGAAUUGCUGGGAUUUUGUUUUGAGAUUUUGUUUUGAGUUUUGUUUUGAGAAGCUUAUGAGUGUUAAACACCUUUUAUCUGUGAUAAGAAUUUGAUAAACAAAGUUUUGUUUUGUUGUGUUGGGUUUUUUUAAAAAAAAAUUUUAAAUCAGUUUGCUUAAAAUGUGAAUCUUCAUCUGCCUAGACACUGAUUCGUUUAAAAGGAAUCAAUAGGAGAAUCUCACUCUUCAUGGGACAGUGUGUAUGGUCUCUGCUGAAGACUUGAAAUGUGAAAAGGGAAAAAGUUGUCAUCUGUUAAACUCUGUGACUUAAAAGAACUUCAAAUAAAUGUUUUCUUUAAAUUAAACUUAUUUUGUUUGCCUUUAAGAUCUGGCAUUUUGUUGACAUCAACCUUAUCGAAAAACCGUCAACGGCGAGGAAGCACAAAAUAUAAAAUUUAACUGCAGAGGUACAUUCCCACCAAGGCAGUUUGUCAUCAGUGUAAUUUGAUCUUGGUAGGGGUUCAGUGGAGCCUGCCUUCUCCACGGGAUGUGUGUGGAGGGGAGAGGGAUGCAGGCAGUGAGUUGUUCCCUUGUACUGUAGGAUGAGUUUGCAGGUUCGUGGCCCUGCUUGGGCAGUGUCACAGGGCAGGGGUGAAAUGGUGGUGUGUACUGCUUGUGCACUGGCCUGGUGUGAAUGCACAGGUAAGCAGGGCUCACUUGGACAUGAUUGUCACCUGCUACAACCCAUCAUCUAACCUUGCCACACAUGCUGUAAACCCUUUGAGCAUUUGUUUUACUAAAUAAAUUUUGAGGCUGCUGUAGAUGUUCAGGUGCUGUGUACUGCUAAUCAUGAAGUGUUCCUUGAGGUCUGGUACAGGUACUGUACGCUGCUUCUCCUGCAUUUAUCGCUUGGGGGUGUAGUGCAGACAUUGUAAUGCUGCUUAUUAUGUGUGUAUCUUUGAUCCUGGAAGAACUGAAGCUUUUUACUGUAGUUUUUUUUUAAGCCAUUUUGCAUAAUUUACCUUUGACCGUCUUGUUUCAAAAUACUGACCUGGACUUCAGGACUAAAAUAUGGAAGCUGUGGAAAGAACUAUACUUGUUUUAUAAUUUAUAAACUGUAUCUUUGCAAGGAGCUACAUGAUUAAAAAAUACAUCAAUAAAUUAUGAUUUUGAACAUGCAA